UGGCGGCGCCUCGUUCGGCUUCCCGGCGAGGGCCCGACCCGGAGGCGCGCUCGGCCCCGCCUCGGGCAGGGAGGCCCGGCGGCCGGGGAGGGGAUGUCGUCGGCCCGCGAAGGCCCCGCCGCCCCGCCGCCGCCCGCGCAGGAGAGCCCAGCGCGCCCCGCCGCCCCCCGCAUGGCCCGGCGGCCCGAGCUGCUGUGCGGCGCGGCCGUGGUGCUGGGCUGCGCCUGCCUGGUGGCGCUGCGGGCCUCGUGCAGCCGUGCAAAAGAUGUGACAAUGCCUGCCAAGCUGCCGAUCGGCUUCUUCUCUUCGACAUCAGCAGUCCACGAUCUUUUCCUUGGGCAGCUGGAUCAAGCUGAGGACAUCCGCCAGAGUUCAGAGAUCACACUGUUUUUUUUCUACGCUCCUUGGUGCGGUCAGUCGGCCGCAGUGAGGGAAGAGAUUGAGCACGUGGCAAAGAGCCUGGCGGAUCAGGUGAUGUUUGUGGCCAUCAACUGCUGGUGGAAUCAAGGGAAAUGCAGGAAGCAGAAGCAUUUCUUCUACUUUCCCGUGAUAUACUUGUACCAUCAGAGCUUUGGGCCCAUUGAAUACAAAGGCCCAAUGAAAGCCGUUUACAUUGAGGAAUUUGUUCGUCGAGUGAUGACUCCUCUCCUUUACGUCUCAUCUCAAUCCAAGCUGCAACAGUUCCUCUCCAAUUAUGAGCCUGGCAUCUUGGGAUACUUUGAGUUCAACGCCUCCCCCCAGCCCCCGGGCUACUCGACGUUCUUCACUUCGGCGCUGCACUCGUUAAGCAAAGAUUAUCUCGGAACCAUUCGCUUUGGUGUGAUCACAGACAGGCUGCUUGCAAAGGAAAUCGCGCUGACCGACUCGGGGAGCAUCUACUUGCACAGACAUGUCAACGUGUCACUUCUCUAUCCCCACGAAACCAUGAACUUCACUGCCGAAAACGUUUGGAAGUGGGCCCUGGAGAACCGGGAGAUGUUCCUCCGCUGGCUGAGACCCCACGGGGGGAAGAGUCUGUUGCUGUACAAUGAGCUGAAGAAGGGACCGGCCCUUUUUCUCUUCCUCCCCUUUGACCCCUUGGCCAAAAUCCACCCUCUCCUGGACGAGAUUUCCGAACUGGCCUUAGAAUACAAGCGCUGCAACAGAAGUCACGGGGGGGACGUGGAUCCCCGGCGGCUGCAAGGAGAUCUCUUGGCUGUAGGCCCUCGCCUCCUGGGGACCAAAACCGUCCCUGACACUGGCCCCCCUUGCUGCAACACAGUGCUGCUGCCUGCCCAGUGGCACGGCCUGUCCCGGACCCACAAUGUCUGCGAGCUGUGCGUCGACCAGACCAGCGGGGUCCGGCCCAGCCCCCUGGUCCGCUUGCACUGCAACUUUGUGGACAUCAAGGUGGCCGUGGACUUGUUCUACCUCAAGGAGCAAACCUUUUUCCACGUCGUGUCGAAGACCGUCUCCUCGUGCAGCAACUUCCUCAGUUUCUAUAGCCCUUUCAGCUACUACACCGCGUGCUGCAGGACAGUGAGAGGGGACCGGCUGAAUUUGGUCAACUCUGGAAAGACGUUUUUCCAUCCGCUGGAAGUAGGCCUGGCUCCCCAGGGAAAGAGCUGGAGAGAAGACCCCCCCCACUCUAUUCCUCACAUUGAGGAGGGGGCUGGCCUCCUGGGCUCUGCCCUGGCUGGUCUGAGCUGCAGGACCAACAAGACUUUGAACCUGUACCUGCUGGAUUCAAACCUCUUCUGGAUCUACGCGGAGAGGCUGGGCGCCUCUCGGUCUCCUCCCAUGAAGGAAUUUGCUGCCAUCGUGGACCUCAGAGAAGAGGUGCACUACGUCCUGGGCCAGAAACAGGCCCUCUUGAGGUCCAGCCUCGAAACCUUCAUCCAAAACUACAGUGUUCUGUACAGUCCCUUGAAAAGGCAUCUUGUCGGUGACCCAAGGCCCGGACAGGCUCGUGCGCGGCACAUCGUUCAAGAAAUCACCACCAGCACUUUCCACGAGCUGGUCUUAAGGAGUCCAAAGGCUGUCCUGCUGCUCUAUUACGCCCCGUGGUGCGGCUUCUGCGCAUCUCUUGGCCACGUCUUCAUCCAGCUGGCCCGGAUUCUGCCCCCCCAGCACUUCAUUGUGGCAAGGAUCGACGUUUCUCAGAAUGAUCUCCCCUGGGAAUUCAUGACGGACCACCUGCCCAACGUUCUGUUUUUUCCUCAUGAUCGGCAAGGCCAGAGCACAAAGUUCCCAGCUGCUUCCCUGAUCAGCGUGCCCAACCUCCUGAAAUUCGUCCUCUGCCACUCCAGCCCACCCAGCCUGGCCACAGCCUGGGGGUCUGGCCUCAACAGUGGCCUCUGGCGGGAGACCGUCCUCCAGCAGGCGCGCAUCGCCCGCCUGGAAAGCGAGAUCGAGAUGCUGAAGGCAGAGAUCCGGGCCCUCCACCGGGCCCAGGCCCAGCUGCAGGGCCAGCUUUCCGACGCCCGGCGUGAGAGUCGGCGGCUCCAGCAAGAGGCGCACGCCCUGAGGGAGCAGCAGAGCCGCCAGGAGCAGCUGCAGGGGCUGUGUGGCUGGAAGACGUGGCAGCUGGGGGGCACCGCGGAGAAGCUGCAGGAUUUGGCCGACGCCUCGGAGACCCUCCUGGCCGAGAACGCCCUCCUCAAGGCCCUGCUGGCCUCUGCAGAGAGACGCCUGGCAGCGGAGCCGAGCCCAGAGCGUGGACUUCCCCGUGAGGAGGCUGCCGGCCUUCCCACCCCGGGGCACGAUCGCUUCCCCCAGGUGGAAGAGGAGGGGGCCGCUCCCCUUGACGGCAGGAUCCCCACGGAGCACAGCAAAGAGAACUGGACCGAGUAGCUCCACUGAGCCUGGACGGAUGAAGCUCAGUCCGAACUGCAGGGAAGACCUUUGUGCAAACUUUAUUGAAAUGUCAUUAGAAAGCCCCCCCCCCUUUGCUGGACUGGAAAAAUCAAAGUAUUUUUUUUACUGAGUUAUGGACCCAGAUUGACAGGUCUUGGGAUCUGUGAGAUUGACGAAUUGCAGGGAUUGUUCUUUGCACUUUAAAAUUGCACUAAUUUGAUAGCUUUUGUAUCAAUCUAACCUAAAUUAAACCAUUUGGGGGGUAGCAGUCUGAGGCUUCUCUUCCCCCACCCACAAACAAGG